ACAACAAUACCCACGAAGACCCACACAUCUACUUUUUUCCCAUUUUUAAAAAUUAAAGAAAAUGUAAAUUGAAAUUUGAUGGAAAAACAAUAAUAAUGGAGUUUUUGAGAAAGAAGAGAGAGCACCAGAGUCAUAGAAAUUUUAUUAUGAUAUAAAAAGAUUUUACUCAAAAAGCAACAAAUCGGUGUAAAGUCAGAAGCAGUGAGCAGCUCCUUUUGGCGGUUAGGGGCAAACUUCUCCCUUUCCUUUCCUUUCCUUGCAGUCAUUUUUGUCACAUUUCUCGCUCCAAGAAGUAGAUAGAGAGACAGAGAGAGAGGGAUGGAGGAAGAGGGCAUAGGGUUGGUACUGGCUAGGGCCACUGAGCUACGGCUAAAGAUCGGGAACUGCAUCCACAAGGCAACCUCUCCUCGCAAAUUUCAAGAUGACCUAUUACUGGAGAAAGAGAAUGGAGUCCAUGGCGGAGGGCUUGGAGAAGAAGAAGAGGAAGAAGGAGAAGAAGAAGAAGCGCAGAGGCUUUUGAGUAUUUGCGAUGCCCUUGAAUCCCUUGAGACCCAGCUCUCGUCCUUACAGGCUUUGCAACAGCAGCAACGGUAUGAAAGGGAAGUUGCCCUUACUGAGAUUGAGCAGAGCCGUAAGGCGUUACUUGAUAAGUUGAAGGAAUACAAGGGUGACGAGUUGGAAGUUAUAAAUGAGGCUUCUGCUUUUGCUGGUGAAACUGUGGAUCAGAACAAUGAUCUUUUGCUUCCUCCUUAUCCAACUCGUGCUCCACACUCUCUGCGCAGAGGAAACAGCUAUUUGCCCCAAUUCUCGUCCAUGCAAAAGUUUGUUCAAAAUGGGGUAGUGUCUGUUGAACCAGAAAAUGGAGGAAAGAAAAACACGAGUGAUUCAGAGCAGAAUAAGAGUUCAAGAGGGCUUGGGUUCUUUCUGGGUGCAGCAGCCAAAACUGUUUUCACUAUUGUAGGUGUGGUAUCUGUGUUGAGUCUCUCUGGUUUUGGGCCUAAAUUUUUUUAUAGAGACACUUCUUUGAAGAUUUCAAGCUCUUUCCAUCAACCAGUGAGUGAAGAAAAACGAUCAAACGCUGAUUGUCCCCCUGGGAGAAUUCUAGUAGUGGAAAAUGGGGAGGCACGAUGCCUUGUGAAAGAGAGAGUUGAAGUCCCAUUUUCUUCAGCUGCUACCAAACCAGAUGUAAACUAUGGGUGUGGUUAAGUAUGUCUUUGCGUUCAUUUUUUCUUUUUCUUUCCCCUAUGUAUAUCUUUUGUUAUUUAAUAUUACUUGAGGUCAAGAAUUUUUUUAAGGGCUAAUUUUCAUUUCACAA